CCACGACCAGCAGCAGCAGCAUCCCGGCGCCCAAGCAACGUAUCUCGACGCCCCGAGCACCUGUUCAAUCGCCCAAUUCCGCCUCUGUAGCAGCCGCCCGCGCGCCACUCCAUUUCACAAGGCCCCUUUCUCUCUGUCUGGAAGAAGGUUUCUUUCUUCCGCAUCACACCAAGCCAUGUCUUCGCGACGAGCCGCUCUGUCGCUAUACCGCCGGUCGCUCAAGCUGUCCCUCGACUGGGCAGUGCAGAGACACAUCUGGCGCGGUCAGGCCGCAUACAUUAGAUCGCUGUUUGAGGCGAACCGCGGCAUCGAAGACCCUCGCCAACAACGCGCCAUUCUUGCCGAGACCGAGAAGCUGCUGGACAGCUGGAAGCACCCCGAUCCUUAUAUUCCCCCGACUGCCCCCGGAGGCUCGAAAUACGAAAGAAACUUGGCUUCGCCUUUCCUUGACCCGCCACCUCAUCCCGCCAACCGUCAUUAAAAAAUAUGUAGUUAUAGCUCUCGAAUAGAGUCGGUCCGGCGUGCAUUGCGUGCGGCCGCUGUUAAUUUUCUAACUUUAUCUGACGACCGUUUUACAAUGUGUUCUAUGGACGUAUGUGUCUUUGUGUGUACAUGGCAAAGUGACGUGACUUGGCUUAUGAGCGUGAUUUUGGUAUUGGCCAUUUCUUGGACUGCGGC